CGACGCCUAGAUCCCAAACUCCAUAGCCCAACAUGCCGCCGCCACCGCAUUCUCGUCCCGAGAAUGUUCUCAAGCGAGCUCAAGAGCUCAUCGGCGUCGGACAACAGCAAGCCGCACUCAGCUUGCUGCACGAACAUGUCACCUCAAAGCGUACGCGAAACUCACCCAUCGCCAGCUUGGAGCCGGUGAUGCUCCUAUUCGUUGAGCUCGCGGUCGACGCACGAAAAGGAAAGCUGGCCAAAGAUGGCCUUUACCAGUACAAAAACACGGCGCAGAACACCAACAUUGGCACUAUUGAGCUUGUGUUCAAGAAAUUCAUCGAACUUGCAGAAGCCAAAGUCACGGAGGCUCAAGGCCGCGCAAAUGAGGUCCAGAGCAGUUUGGAUGCCGCUAGCAACAUCGAUGACCUCGAGGCCUCCGAAACUCCGGAAUCCAUUCUACUCUCCACGGUGUCGGGCGAACAGUCGAAGGACAGGACGGAUAGGGCUAUUGUGACUCCAUGGCUCAAGUUCUUGUGGGAAACCUAUCGCACGGUGCUGGAAAUUUUCAAGAACAAUGCGCGCCUUGAAGUCAUGUAUCAAAGCACCGCCCAUCAGGCAUUCGCCUUUUGUUCUCGCUAUGCCCGCAAGACUGAAUUCCGCCGCCUUUGCGAACUUCUUCGCAACCACCUCCAGAACGCGGCCAAGUUCUCGAACCAGAUGCACGCCAUCAAUCUGAGCGAGCCGGAUACCCUUCAGCGCCAACUUGACACUCGUUUCCAGCAGUUGAACGUGGCGGUUGAACUCGAGCUCUGGCAGGAGGCGUUCCGCAGUGUGGAAGACAUCCAUACUCUUCUCACUCUUAGCAAGCGGCCAGCCAAGAACAUCAUGAUGGCGAACUACUUCGAGAAGCUUACCCGAAUCUUCCUCGUCAGUGAGAAUUACCUCUUCCACGCUGCUGCUUGGAGUCGUUACUACAACCUACUUCGUCAGUCUGCGGCUGCCGUCGCCUCCGGCGCAAGCCCGAAGAAGGACAACCCGGCCGUCACCGAAGCAGAUAUGACAAAAGCUGCAUCCUUUGUUGUCCUCUCUGCUCUAGCCAUUCCUGUCAUCAGCACGUCUCGCUCUCGGGGUGCUCUGGUUGACGCUGACGGGGCACGUAAGAGCAAAGACUCGCGCCUUACAAGCCUUCUUGGAAUGAACCAGGCUCCGAGCAGAGCCAUUCUGUUCAAGGAUGCUCUCAGUAAAGGUCUUCUCAAGCGAUGCAGACCCGAGAUUCGCGAGCUCUACAAUAUCCUGGAAGUCGACUUCCAUCCUCUCUCCAUUUGCAAGCGCAUCUCGCCAAUUCUCAAACAGAUUGGCGAGGACGAGGAAAUGAAGCAAUAUGUCCAGCCGCUUCAACAAGUUAUCUUGACCCGUCUCUUCCAACAGCUUUCUCAAGUUUACGAGUCGGUCGAGCUCAGCUUCGUACUCAAUCUUGCGCAAUUCCCGGAUCCUUUCCAGGUUAGCAGCAGCUACGUUGAGAAGUUUAUCAUGAACGGUUGUAAGAAGGGCGAUCUUGCCAUUCGGAUUGACCACGCGGCUGGAGUACUUACUUUUGACUCUGACGUGUUCUCCUCUGCCAAAGCCCUUCACCCUGGUUCUGCCGCUGGUUCCGCCGAAGCUGAAAUUGGCUCUGUGCAACGCCUUCAGAGUACGCCUGCUGAGAUUGUUCGCUCGCAGCUCACUCGAUUGUCGAAGGCGCUCUUCAUCACUUGCCAAUAUGUUGACCCCACGUUCAAUGCUGAGCGACAUCAAGCCAAACAAGCAGCUCUACAACGUGCUGAAGCUGGCGCCGAGAAAGAACAUGCUGAUGUCCUUGCACGACGUGAAAUCAUCGAGCGUAAGAAGCAAGCAGCCUCCUCUGCGCUUGCACAAAAGGAGAAGGACCUCGCCCAACAGAAGCGUAUCAAGGCUCAGGAGGCUCUGGCUGCAGAAGCGCAGCGUCUAGCAGAAGAGCAACGUGAGCGUGACCGUCGCCGACUAGAGGCUGAAAAGGCCAAGGUUCAGCAGGAAGAGGCCCAACGUGCUUUGGAAGAACUCAAGCGUGGCACAAAGGGCAUUAACCUUGAAGAGAUCGACGUCACUCAGCUCGACUCUACCGGUAUUCGACAAAUCAAGGUGAAGGCUAUGGAGAAGGAGCUUCAAGAGAAAGCCGAGAAGUUGCGUGUCACUUGGCGUCGUAUCGAUCAUUUGGAACGAGCGUAUCGACGGGAAGAACUUAAACACAUCCCAGAAGACUACGCUGCGCAGCGUGAACGUGACCUCGAAGCUUAUAACAAGAGCAAGGAGGAGACGUUGGCGGAGAGCAGAGAGAAGCACAAAAACGAUGUUGCUCUUAAGAAGCGUCUGGAACGACUCGUGCCAGUUUACGAGGAAUUCAAGAAGCGAAUACAAACGGAGCGACGCAGCGACUUCGAAAAGCGCAAGAAGAAGGCGCAGCAAGAACUUGAGGCCAAGAUGCAAGCUAGAAGGCAGCAAUAUAUCGCUGAGUUGCGAGCUAAGCGACAACGUGAAGAGGAAGAGCUGCGUAGACAGCGCGAAGAGGAAGAGAGACUUCGGCGUGAGGCCGAGGAGAAGGCAGAGGCUGAAGAGAGGAAGAGACAGCAAUUGGCGGAGCUCAAGGCAAAGAGGGAAGAGGAGCGCAGGAAGCUCGACGAGCUGGCUGCUCGACAGCGACAGCGGGAGGAAGAAGCGGAGGCGAAGCUUGCCGCCAGAAGAGGUGCUGCUUUGGGGCCAAGAGGUUCACGUACAGAGCCACCAACUAGGAGCGAGGCUGCUUCGUCUGCAGGUGGCCCACCAAAGCUCAAUCUUGUGAGAAAAGACGGUGCUGGUUCAAGCUGGCGUGAGCGCGAAGCUCAAAAAGCGGCAGCCAUGGCUGCAUCAAACGAUGCCGCACCUGCCGCUGCGACUUCAAACGAAGAUUCUGCACCCAAGAGAGCCAGUUACGUUCCCCCACCUGCCCGGUCCGGCGGUGCUGGAGGGUGGCAAGAACGUGAUAGCUCUAAACGUGACAGCUCUAGUCGCGGUCCAGGAGGUCGCGCGCUGGGUAUGGAAGAGCGCAGCUUUAGUGGUAGAGGAAGCGAUCGAGGCGAAUCUCCUGCCCCUCGCCAAGGCGGUUACAGACCGCCGCACUUGCGUGGCGACCGUCCCGCCGCAUCAUCGGGCGAGGGUGACAACUCGAGACUACCGCCCCCAGCUGCUGGUACGUCUGAUGGCAAGUAUAGACCUGGGGCUUUUAGGAGGCAGAAUCAGUAGGUGUGUGGUAAGGGUUCGUACUAGCUGCUAAGGUUAUGUUGUGGACAAGGGUUGUGGUACUCGGGCAUCAACUAGACUGUCACUCUCGAUAACACGUGAAGUGCCCGACAUGGCGUGCAUGGGCAGGAAUCGUAUUUGCGGAGUUGUAUUUUAUGCUUUUGCGAGUACAUGCACGGCAUAAUCUCGUGCAUCAGAGCGAAGGUGUACGCAAGUUCAGUAUCAUGAACAGUAGCAUCAUCACUCUGAGACUGAUACCUUUUUCGUCACCAAAUGCGUAGAGUCCUGAAAAAUUCAAGUUCAAAUAAUGUUGAUCAAUACGUAUAUAUGAAUUGAUUUGUACAGGAUGCACAAUUAUGCUGAUGCUGAUGCUGAUGCUGAUGCUCGUGCAGAUGCUGGUGCCGUAAUUUAUAUACACUGGC